GCUUCACGCCUUGAAGCCAAGCUUGGUGGAGGACGCAGGAGUGUAGCUUGAAGGCGGGAAAUUCCUCUCGUCUUCUUCGAGCUGAUCUCCGACACCGAGUCCCAUUGAAACGAACCAACCAACGAUGCUGAGUUCAUUCCAAUGCCCACGGACCGAGUCCACUCACUAUCGUCUUUACGAGUUCGCUAAAACAGCCCUUAUCAAGAUUUUCGUCUCCCCUUAUGCCACGGUCUGCGAUUUGUAUUGCGGAGGUGGAGUAGAUUUAGACAAGUGGGACGAAGCCCAAAUCGGUCACUACAUUGGAAUUGAUGUUUCGGUGUCUGGAAUUAGCGAAGCUCGCGAGCUAUGGGAGAGUCAAAGGAAGUCUUAUACUGCAGAAUUCUGCGAAGUUGAUCCCUGCAUGGAAAACCUGGAAUCAUUGUUGCAGGAAAAGGGUAUCCCAGUAGAUAUUGUCUGCUGUUUGCAACAUUUACAGUUGUGUUUCGAAACUGAGGAGCGAGCAAGGAGGCUUUUGCAUAAUUUGUCAUCUUUGCUGAAACCAGGAGGUUAUUUUUUUGGUAUUACUCCUGACUCCUCUACCAUAUGGGCCAAGUACCAGAAAAAUGUUGAAGCAUACCACAACAGAGGAAGUGGUAUGAAGCCCAACAUCGUUCCCAAUUGCAUUCGGUCAGAGAAUUACAUGAUCACCUUUGAAGUCGAGGAGGAGAAGUUCCCAUUAUUUGGAAAGAAAUACCAGCUGAAAUUCACUAAUGAUAUUGCUUCUGAAACCCAUUGUCUUGUCCAUUUUCCGAGCCUCAUAAGGUUAGCUAGAGAGGUUGGUCUUGAAUAUGUGGAGAUUCAAAACUUGUCUGAAUUUUAUGAUGAUAAUAGAGCUCAGUUUGCAGGCAUGCUCCACAGUUUUGGUCCAAACUUAGUAGAUCCAAGAGGAAAACUUCUUCCCCGGUCUUUUGACUUAUUAGGCCUAUGUACGACUUUUAUAUUUCAAAAGCCUGAUCCAGAUGCAGCCCCUCCAACUUUGACCCCGACAUUGCAGGAUGGAAGUCACAUUCAUGAAGAAAGGGAAUGGCAUGGAAGUGGCUGGAGGCAUCAAGCACCUGUAGUCGAUGACGAAAAGAGUGGCCAUUUGGAGCCACCUAUUAGCGUCAACAGCAAGGUACCUGAGGAGGCAAAAGGGAUCCUGGGUCCAGGGCCCCCAGAUCUACGGUUCUCAGAGCCAUUAUGACUUUGUGAUAUUACUUCCUAGGUUUGGGUUUUCCUA